CACAUAUAAGUUAUAACACUAAGAAAGGAAACAUUUGGAAGACAUUUAUGCGUCGUUUAUUUAUUGCGUGCACACCGUCAAAAGCCUUUGAGCUCAGAAUAAUUGAAUUAUAUGCCAAAACGAUACCAAUAUGCGGUACUUCAAUCUACUAGGGACUUCCCCGAAUCAGUUUCGAACAUACAAGGAAGUGUUGUGAUCCAAAUGUAUACAUGUAAUGAUGAAUGAACGUGAACUUCCAAUAUGUGCAGGUCGUCAAAAGCUUUCAAGUACAUCACAUAUAAGUUAUAACCGUAAGAAAGGAAACAUUUAGAAGGCAUUUAUGCGUCGUUUACUUAUAGCGUGCACACUGUCAAAAGCAUUUGAGCUCAGGAUAAUCAGCAGAAUUCAGUACAGAGUGGUUUACACUUGAAGGUGGAUGUAAAGAGCAUAGAUUGUUGAAAUGGCUGUCGUUCUCACCAAUGUGUUGAUUUUCUGCGCGGUCUUCGUCGCCGCUGUUGGAACGGAGAAGUACAAUGUGGCGCUCCCAACCCCCGUUCCAGCUGACUGUCUGAGGUGUAUCUGCAUCGUGGAAUCCAACUGUAAGAUGCCCUCUCCUGUUUGUCAGAUAGACGUCGGCUCUCUAUCGUGUGGUCCCUACCAGAUAAAGGACGAUUACUGGAACGACGCCAGGAUGAAAGGCGGGGAUCUCAUGGGAUCUUGGAGAAAGUGCACAGCUGAUAUGGGAUGCAGCGGGGAGACGGUACAGGGCUACAUGGCUCGUUACGCUGUCUUCAGUCGCCUUGAACACCAGCCAACUUGUGAGGAUUUUGCCCGCAUACACAACGGCGGUCCAAAUGGUUAUAAUAGGACCUCUACGUUGAAAUACUGGUCCAGAGUCAAGGAAUGUCUCAAUUAAAGUCCAGUUGAAAAAUUAAUGUUUCUUCUCACCUGAAUUAGGCUUACAUAGUGUGAAUGAUGCAAUAUCUUAGGUACGUUACCCCUUUUGAAUCCCAACUGCUAUACAUUUAAUACACAAGUCCAUUCACAAGAACGUGCCCCCUAAUGUUAAGGUAAUCAUCUUUUUCUGCUUGUCAGAAAUUUAGGAGUAAAAGGGCAUCACAAUUGUGCUGGGGGUGUCAACAAAUUUUAAGGAAUAUUGCACCCCUCUUCUACAAAAUCCUGAUCGCGCCACUGUUCUAAACCCAUCAAUGCUUGGCUAUUCGGUGGACUUUAACUUUCUGUUGGUUUUGUCAGUGUGACUGCAGUAUGAGGCUCUAUUUAUGACGGCCUGUUUAGAAAAUAUAGAUUAUAAUGUACAAUUUUCAAUAUGAUCUUUAUAGAGUUUGCUCUUAGCGUGUAGUUCAGGAUGACUGAUAAGUACAUGUAUGUAGCAAUAGAACGUCAUACUUGAUGCGUUCAAUUAGUAUAGCCAGAUUGGUUAUCUCUUUCUUGUUUGUUACGCUAAAAACUAAAAGUUUUACUGUUCUUGUGUUGUAUAAAUUAAUAUUGAUUUGUUCAACUUUGUAUGUUUUAUUAAACUGAAUUGAAGAAUUAAAAGCAAUUGCAUGGGA